UUGUUACAUUCAAGCUACGAAAUAUUAAAACACAUAUACAUAUCAUAUCUAAUUUAUAAUUUACUUCACAAAAGUAUUCGCAUAAUUAUUAUUUAUUUCAACAUAAUGUAGAAAUUGCUAUAGACAACGCACGAAUAAUUGAUAAUCGUUAUUUGCGAGACCUCUUGAUUUUUGAAACCAAAUUAAGCUUCUAACGUCAAGACUGUUGAAGCUGCCAAAAACGUAACCCUGUAAUAUGCUUUGGAUUCCUCGAAGGUACGGCUCUACUAAGGUGUAACGAGGGCACGUUUCGCGUGCGCAAGAUAUACGGAGAUGGCAAUUGCAUGUUUAGAGCGAUCAGCUACAUUUUGUGGCGAAACGAGGAAGAGCACCAAUCGCUUCGAGCUACGGUUGUGCAGCACAUUAAGGAGAAUUGGCGCGAGUACGGUCCGUUCGUGAUAGCCGAGUGGAACAUUUCGGAUCGCCAAGAGUACUACGAUUACAUGAGCCUAGUGGGCACAUUUGCCAGCGAGCUGGAGUGCACGGUAGCCACAAAACUCCAUCGCAUGAAUCUUUCUAUCUAUCGCGAACUCCCCGGCAGAUACGAACUCAAGUUGGUUUUUCACAACCGCGUGAAUAUCAGCUACGAAACCGCGAGGCUCCUAUUCACCGGAUGCUCCGAAAAUGGUCAUUACGAUGUCUUAUUACCCGAUUCAAUGUCAAGUCUCUUUAUGGGCCAAUAAGCUAUACGUUGUGGCAAUUAAUGAAAAUGAUUAAAAGUUAAAAUAAUUCUCGAGAUCAAAUAAACGAUAAAAUUAUUAUAUAUAUAUGAAAAUUUAUGUCACUAAUUUUUUUUAACAACUUUGACUAUUUUGCGUUUUAUAAGAAAUAUUAUGUUGCAUAAUUGGUGGGAAAUAUAUGAAGCAUAUACGUAUAUUAAAUUUAUUAAAAUUAUUGAGACUUAA